UUUCUCCAGCCGGGAAGGUGGGCGUGUCUACUCCGGGUCGCUUUGGGGCGAUGGCCUCCGCCACCGCCGCGGUCGUCCUGGCGGCCGCUCUGGGAGGAGGGCUGUCCUCAUCGCCCGGGCUUCUUGUUGCGGUCAGCGGGGGAAGGCGAAGCGGUGUGCGCCUCCUCUCUCCUCUGACCUCCGCCAACAGCGGCCUGGGGAGGGCCACGGCCCGAGCUGUACGGCAACACGCGGGGGUUCAUAAGGCGUGCGGGACAGGAGCGCCGGAGGAGGAGGCGGCCAGGAGCUGCGCCGGUAGUCGGGGUGCGCGCGCGAGGGGGCCGAGGGGGGGAGUGCCGCGGGAGCUGCUGGUGCGCGAGCUCGACCUGGCCUCCCUCCGCUCCGUCCGAAGCUUCUGCCACAAGGUCCUCCAGGAAGAGCCUAGACUGGAUGUCCUGAUCAACAAUGCUGGGAUAUUCCAGUGUCCCUACAUGAAGACCGAGGAUGGUUUUGAGAUGCAGUUUGGGGUCAACCACCUAGGUCACUUCUUGCUCACAAACCUCCUCCUUGGACUUCUGAAAAGCUCCGCACCCAGCAGGAUUAUAGUGGUUUCCUCAAAGCUUUACAAAUACGGAGAGAUCAACUUUGACGACUUGAACAGCGAGCUAAGUUACAACAAAAGCUUUGCCUACAGUCGAAGCAAACUGGCUAACAUCCUGUUCACCAGGGAGUUAGCCCGGCGUUUAGAGGGCACGGGGGUUGUGGUCAAUGUGCUCCAUCCUGGUGUUGUCAGAACAAAUCUGGGCAGAUAUGUACAUAUUCCUUUACUGGCUAGGCCUCUCUUUAAUUUGGUGUCCUGGGCUUUUUUCAAAUCUCCACUGGAAGGAGCCCAGACUUCUAUUUAUUUGGCUUCUUCUCCUGAAGUAGAGGGUGUAUCUGGGAAAUAUUUUGGAGAUUGCAAGGAAGAACAGCUAUUGCCUAAGGCCAUGGAUGAUCUGGUUGCAAGGAAACUGUGGGAUAUCAGUGAAGUGAUGGUGGGGCUGCUAAAAUAAAAGGCCAAGAGAAGCACUGUGUGAAAGUAGCGUAAUUAUAUGUUUUUGAAAUUUCAGUUUCCUGCAUUUGUUCUCCUUUAUUGAGACGGAGGAAGUUCACCUGAUUCUGUCUCUUAUUGAGAUUCAAGCAGGAUCUGGAUAUGUUGGGUUUUUUAUUUAAAUUAUUAUUUUUCCCCUGGAUGACAAAAUAUUCCAAGAAAAUAAUUGGCGUGAAAACAGUUUUAGUAUAUUUCAGGUUCAAGAGGCAAAUAGUUCUGCUGACAACAAAGUUGCUUUCUGAAAUGUGUGCUGAGUAUCUGAAUUAGGUGUGCAUGGUGCUGUAUUUGGAAUAUAUGGCAGCUUUAUUUAGUUUUUAUUCUAAAAAGGAUGCCAAGAAUAUAAAAGAGAGAAACUUCUUGUGACUUGCUUCAGCCCAUCCUGUUUAUAUUUCUGUUUCAGUGCAGAAUGCCAGCCAGAAUACAGUGCAGGAAAUCUAGCCUAUGCUGCCGUAACAACAUUUUUAACACUCAUUUUGUAGACAUCUCUAGGACCAAAAUCCAGGACACAAUGAAGCAUUUUUAAAUCCUACACGUUUUAGUGAGAUUUAAAGUGUAUUUAACAAUGGACUAAAUAUUCAGUGUUGCUUGCCUUAGCUGAUACUGUUUCCUCAUGGCACAAACAUGCUUGCACACACACACACACACACACACACACACACACACACACACACUCACAAAUGUACAGCAGGAAUCCCAUUAAUUUCAUUAGACCACGGGCCUGUUUGGUUAAGCACUUCCCUUUAUUGCCAUAUUUAUACAUGUGAAAUAGUAGCAUUGUUUUUUCCAGACUGAGCCAUGACAUGGCAUGCAUGUACCUGUUUGAUUUGAAGCUGUUCAUGCUAUGCACUGUUGUGUAUACGUUACACUGAAAUCUGCAGAAUUUACUCUUAAUGUAAGAGUAGGAUACUGAUGUCAUGGGCUUUCAGAGUAAUGUUGAAUGCUGUAAUGUUAAUAAAAUAUGUAUUGGGGUGGUGGGGUGGUAUCACAUUAAACUGAAAACUAGACUCUUGGUCUAAAUGCACUUAAUCACAGAAUGUCAGUGACACAUAUGUAAUAAUGCACAAACUGCCAUCUGUGAUGCACCUAAGGCUAAUGCAUUAACUCUAGAGUAGUUGCACUGGAAUAUGUGGGCUGUAGGUUGUGGUAAUUCAAUGCUGUUAAAUACUGUAGUGAACAUGGGCUCCUGAGCAUGUUUCUAUGGAAGUAAGUGCCAUAAAUAUAUCACAGAUUCAGGUAUGGCAGCUUGUGUGGUUUCUAGGUCCCUGACCUAAGUCUUCCCAAGUGGCAGGAUUGCCAUCAGCUUCCAUUAAUGUGCUUGCUUAAUAGUACGGGCAUGAAUGUCAUAUACAGACAGCUGCACAUGCACACACCCAUCAGAAUGUAUGUAAAGUAGUCCUGGAUUACACCAGUUACAGAUUCUAAUUAUAGAGCCUCUGCCAUGCAGAGUUGUUAAUGUUUCACUGUGUUUGGUUUUGGCUUUGAAGGCAUAAGUGUGCCUCAUUUUUGUUCUCGUUAAAUAAAGCUAUAUCCUAAAUAAAUAAUAAAGUAGAUAUUAAAUUUG